UUUGGUGAUAUUCCAGAUGUGUGUGAAUGGCCCCAAACCCUGAAAUAUUUAAACCUCUCCAGCACUCAAAUUCCUAAACUCACGACUUGCAUUCCCACAACACUGGAAGUUUUGGAUGUCAGCUCAAACAACCUGAGGGAGUUUGCACUGCACCUGCCAUUUCUCAAAGAGCUGUACCUAGCCAAAAACCAGCUGAUGACCUUGCCUGGUGCUGCACCUGUUCCUAACUUAGUGGUCUUGUCAAUCAGAAGGAACAAGCUCAGCAGUUUCUCCAGGGAAGAGUUUGAGUCCUUCAAGCAAGUGGAGCUGCUGGAUGCCAGUGACAACAACUUCAUCUGCUCCUGCGAAUUUCUCUCCUUCAUCCAGCACCAGGCCAGGAUAGCCCAGGUGCUGGUGGGGUGGCCAGAGAAGUACGUCUGUGACUCUCCGCUGGCGGUGAGAGGGGCGCAGGUUGGGGCCGUGCACCUCUCCCUGAUGGAGUGCCACAGGUCCCUCGUGGUGUCCCUGAUCUGCGCCCUGGUGUUUGUGGUCAUCCUGGUGCUCGUGGCCCUUGGCUACAAGUACCACGUGGUCUGGUACCUGAGGAUGACCUGGGCGUGGCUCCAAGCCAAGCGGAAGCCCAAGCGAGCCCCUGCCAAGGACGUCUGCUACGACGCUUUUGUCUCCUACAGCGAGAACGACUCUGACUGGGUGGAGAACAUCAUGGUGCGGGAGCUGGAGCAGGCCUGCCCGCCCUUCCGGCUCUGCCUCCACAAGCGGGACUUUGUGCCCGGGAAGUGGAUCGUGGACAACAUCAUCGACUCCAUAGAGAAGAGCCACAAAACCCUCUUUGUGCUGUCCGAGCACUUUGUGCAGAGCGAGUGGUGCAAAUACGAGCUGGACUUCUCGCACUUCCGCCUCUUUGACGAGAACAACGACGCCGCGAUUCUCGUCCUGCUGGAGCCCAUCCAGAGCAAGGCCAUUCCCAAGCGGUUCUGCAAGCUGCGCAAGAUCAUGAACACCAAGACCUACCUGGAGUGGCCUCUUGAAGAAGAG